UGUAUAUUGAUCUCAAAAACGGAAGAACACGAAUAUUAACUAUUUUGAGAAGAAUUGAAGGUGAUAUUCAGGCACUUCGCAAUGACAUCAAAAAGGAUCUCUUUCCAAAAGAUCACUCUACUCAUUCUAAAGUUACAAUCAAUCAUACAAAUAAUAAUGUAGUUAUCAAGGGCGAUUAUUGCUUUUUAUUGAAAAAAUGGCUAAUGGACAAAGGAUUUUGA